UCAGCCAUUGCACGGUCCUCCUGUCAACCAAUCAGAGAUCAGUCUGGCGAGAUAAGUGAAGCUUUUGUGCCCUGAGUUAAGACUUACAGUUAACUUUGACCCUUAACUGCUUCAACGUAAGUGGGUCCAGACCCCAAAAUAUAGAGCCUGCCAUUCCGUUCGGUAGGUGUAUUCUGGUUGCAAUUUUAUAAAUUGUGACGAGACGCUUUGGUUUGGUUGAGUCGUAAACUGCCUGACGAACUCCGCGUUGGGUGUCAAUCUAAACCAGCUCAAGAAGGAAAUAGCGAACUGUUUUUCUGGCUAGUUGUCGUCAAGUAGUUAUCUGUCGUCUGUGAGUUUGGUCUUUGGUAAAAUCAUGGCAGAUGAAAACACACAGUUCUGUGGCAAUUGCAAACAUGACAUCCCUGAGGCCAAUUUUACAACCCACGAGAUUCACUGCAGAAGAAAUAUUUCUCUGUGUGAUGUGUGCCAGGAGCCAGUACCCAGGUCAGACCUGCAGGAUCACAAGCAGCAGGAACAUACACAGAUUACCUGCAAGUGUGGUUUAAAGAUUGAGAAGAAUAAUUUGGAUGCCCACCAGAGCUCUGAAUGCUCUCAGCGGCUGGUUCCAUGCCAGUACUGCGAACUGGAGCUUGUCUUCAGUCAGUCCAAAGACCACGAGGAUUAUUGUGGAACGCGCACUGAGCCUUGUCCCUACUGCAAGUGCAAUGUAAUGCUGCGAGAACAAGCUACACAUCCAGCCUUAUGUGGAAGCCUCACACCGCCCCAAGAAAGAAACAACAGUAGGAUGGGUCGAAGUCCAGGGGACCCUCAGUCAGGGGCAUGGCUGGAAGCUCACUCUAUUAGAAACCCCCUGAGAAGCCAAGAGAGAGGCCCGAAAAAUAAUAACGUCAGUGCAGCAGAGCAGCAGGUCUUUCCCCGACCUUCAGUUUAUAAUACUUCAAGGGGAUUUCGGCCCUUAGGAGACUGGAGAAAUAUUUCACCACAGAAUCCUUUCAGCAGCUUGCUGGGGCAGAGUGAUUUUCUGCACAGCAGAAGCGGCAGCACAUGGGCACAUACUGAGCACACUCUGGAUGAUGAUUCAUCUGGUCUGGACUACAUGUUGGCUCUCAGCCUGCAGACUGAAGGAGACACGGGGUCCAGAGGUGUCGAGGGCAACGUGUGGAGUGGUAUCUGGGAUCACAAGAUUGGAAAAUCCAACACUUCUCUGUCCAACAACAACUAUCCAGACUUCACUGUUGGAUCGAGUACAAGUGCAGUGCAGGACCACGAUCAAAAAGAUGCAAUGCUGCCUUGUGAAUUUUGCGAGGAGCUGUUUCCAGAAGACGACCUCAUUUUACAUCAGACUGGAUGCAGUCCUGCUUCGGCCUUUGCGUCUUUCAGCAAACAGCCCUCAUCUCCACCUAAAGAUGACAGGACCAGCACCAGUACUUCAGGGCUGAUGCACAGCCUUCCUGACACACUCGCUUCUAAUAUCCCCACCUUCCCGCGGUCAGUCUCCCCAGCGUCCUACAGUCCUCCAGCCAGUCCACUAGAGGGCGAUGUGGUCAUACCAUGUGAAUUUUGUGGAGUUGCUCUUGAAGAGGCUGUAGUCUUUCACCAUCAGGACAAAUGUGAUAUGCGGCCCCAGAGUGCUCACCCUCUGAAUAACGUAACAAAAGCAUCGAUCAAAAAGCCACUAAGCCCUGGUAGAGAAGCCUUUGGGCUGCCGUCCCCAGAGUUUCAGAGGAGAAUAAGGCACCAAGCAGACUUCUUGGAUGAGGACUUUGCAUUUGACAGGGAAACACCAUCAGGGCAAAACCAAAGGGGAUGGCAGAAAAGCUGCAUCGGCCAACCGAAUCAAAGGAAGGCAUCAAACUUUGAUGUUUCGCUUAAGAACAGACCUCAGCAGGGCGGAGAAGAAGAAGGGGCUCACUUUUCUUUCAGUGACACAGACAAGAAUGCAUCUCUAAAGGGACUUCAUUAUCCAGAAAACAAAGAAGGAAGAGGUAACAGAAGGAAUCAAGUAUCAAAGUUACCCAAGAAGCAAAAUGAAGAGCAGGACGAAGAGUGAGAGCUGAGACUGGUGCAGAAAUGGAAUAACCAAAUCUUCUACUCUUCUGCUUUUCGUGUAACUUUUUGCACUUUUUGAAACUUAAUGAAACAUAUAGCUAUCUGCUAAGUGCCUGUGAGAGUGUUUGGAUUUUAAAGUUUAUAUCUUGAGGAAUUUUACUCUUAGUAUAAAAAAAAUAGAGUGCCCCUAUUAUGCUUCUUUGUAGCUUUGUAAUUUUUAUUUUGGGAGACUGCUACAGUAAGCUUACAUGCCUUAAUGUUCAAAACUACAAUUUUCUCAAACUGUAUACUUGUGAAAUCUUCAAAAGCUCCCAUUUAAGCUCCUCUCAUUUUAAGAACCCCCGUUGCACAAAACCCUGCUCUGAUUGGUCAGCUGGCAUGAAAGCAAGGACAGCUAUGAUUAUAUACUUAAGAUAGUCCAGAAUAGAGAGAAUUUUGAUUACUUCCAACUUUCUGUGAUUAGUUUACAUGUAAAUAUAAAUGAAAUCACAGUACAACCAUUAUCUCUUACUUAUCUGAACCAUCAUGAUGUGGCUGUUCUAACAUCAAGAUUAUAGGAGUGCUGAACUCUGCCUCCUCAGAUAUCAGGGGUGCAUGAAGACUCCUGCAUACCGUCUUUCAGUCAGCAGAACAUUUGGCAUGCUUUGCUCUAAACUAAGAUAUUUUGGAAUGAGCAGAAAUGACUCUACUGUGAAAAUCAUGGCAGACUGUGAGGCAGCUGCUCGUUCUUUGUUUGAGGGAGUGCCAGUCUUGUGGCAUUAUAGGAGUGUGGUGCAUAGCAAUCUAGAAUGAGUUCAGGAGCAGUGUUUUCUGGGGGUUGUAACUCCUUAUGGACUUUAUAACUUUGCAAACCUGCACAGAAAAGCUAAAUAGUGUAGCCAGCGUAGCGUCACCUGUUCAUUAGAGAAGUCCUGUUAGGAAGCCUCGAGCUGAUCUUUAAAACUGCACACUCACUAGUUAUCAACUUCUGAUUGACAAGAUGCUGACAGAUGACUCCGGCAAGGAGCAUAAUUUAUAAAAUGAACUUCAUGUUUUAUCCAGUAUGAGCUGAAGCUAGCUACUGAGCCCAUAAAUACUCCUCAUGGUAGCCAAGGAGCCGAGGACCAUUUUUCACAUAGCCUACAAACAGAGGAGACUGACCGCUUAAAAGGAUGCAGGCCUGAGGCAUACCUGGAGGUUAUGUCCAUCAUUCACAUACAGAUUAUAUGCAUAACACACUAAAGAAUAGGGAAAGCCUACAAAGUAUAAUAGGGGCACUUAAGUCUGUUUGGUUUAUUCAUACAUAUUCUACUUUAUAUCAGAUGUUUUAUGGCUAACAUGAAGCCUUCACUAUAAAUGCUAAGAUGGACUUAAUUUAUACUGAAUAUAAGGUUGUUUUUUUUUUUGUUUUUUUUUUAAGACCUUAAAAAUCACAUCUUGGUUUAUGAAGAAAACUGUGUGUGUGUCAAGGGCAGUCACCCGACCCCAACAGUGUCGUUUGUUAGACUUUAUAUUUCGUUUGUUACUCGAGCCUAUUAUUGUUACGUUUAAUUUUUUUUUUUUUUUUUUUGUAACCACUAUUUGCCGUUUCUUCGUCUUUCUAUAACCUAAAGCACUUUGAUAGAUUUUACAUUUAGUUUAAAGGGCUUGAGGAACAAUUUUAAUUUCUACAUCUUUGACCAAGAGAAGAUUUUUCAGUUCGAUUGAACACUUGUCUUUUUAUACUGUUAAACUUUUGUCUUUAAUAAUUUGUUUGUAACUACUCAGUAAUGUUUUCAUUUGUAUUUAAAUACCAUCAUAUCUCGGAUCAUAUAGAAUUCAUAUAGAAAGCUUAUAGAAUUAUAUUUGUGGUGUUAUAAGAUGUUUUCUAAUAUUUUAUGAAGUAGUGUUAAAAGUUUUGUAUGUUUCUCCUCUAAGUAGUUAGGAUAGAUAGGAUGUAUUUUGUGUGUAACAUAGGGCCUGCUCAUAUAAUGAGAUCUGCACAUUUUGCCUUUGUGAUCAAAAUGCCCAAGUAGACAGCAGCUCAUGAGCGAAAUCACCUUGUGUGUUGUUUUUGUUGGAUUUUAGGCUGACGUGCUGUUUAAGAACAGCUGUCUUGAUGCUCUUUGUCUUGUGUAGUUAUUAAAAGUUUUAAGGCG